AUGUCUUUGAGUUAUCAUUUGCACGUUCAGACAGGAUUUUGCUUUUCUGGUAUCCUUGAAUGUACCAGUAAUGGACAAUGUGACUGUCUCAGCAAUUUUCUUGGAAAACAAUGUGAUGCCUGCGCUUCUGAGUACUACUGGAAUACAUCUGGUAAAGGAUGUGUUCUGUGUAACUGCGAUGCUCGGGGAUCGAUUGGCACGAACUGUAACGUGUCAGGACAGUGUCAGUGUCAGCCUAACAUCGGAGGACUAAGAUGCGACAGGUGCUUACCAGGAAAUUACGGGUUUUCAAGUGGUAGAUGUCAGCCAUGUGGUUGUAAUACAUCUGGAAGCGUGGACAAUACUUGUGAUGAUACUGGCAAGUGCACCAGCUGUAAGAAGAACGUAGAGGGAAAUAAGUGUGACACUUGCAAAAGUGGAACGAUCAAUCUUCAAGCAAACAAUGAUUACGGAUGCAGUGGAGUUCCUUCCCAGCAAGCUCCUCCUUUUGUCAACAUCCUUUCAUCCAGAGCUCUUCAAAUAACUUGGAACAAACCGGACAAUCCAAAUGGUCCUAUCAUUCGCUAUGAUCUUUACCGUAAUGAAUCAGUGAUUUACAAUGGAACGGCCAGGGCAUUUAACGACACUGGACUAACGCCCAACACAUAUUAUUACUAUUACAUCAUGACUUACACUGAAGCGGGAAGUACACGUAGUUACCAAGACAACCGCGUUUACCGAACACCUGAAGAUGCUCCAGAAGGUAUUGCAGCACCAGUAAUGUCUAAUGUCAAAGCCCGUAUCGCUCAAGCAACAUGGCAGAAACCUAACAUUACUAAUGGAGUCAUUACACAGUACAGAUUGGUCUCUGUUAACAGCUAUAGUUUAUCUGAAGUUGUACAUUGCCAAGGUCCAUUCCUCUUAAGAUGCGAUGCUUCAAAUUUAAAGCCCUUCACUGUGUACAAUUUCACUGUUGUUGUUUGCAAUCAGGGUGGUUGCGAUCGCAGUCAUCCAACCCAAGUCAAAACUCGCGAAUCAGCUCCAGCUUUCCAGCCAAUGCCCAACGUUACUUUAAUUCCUGGCGGCCGUUCAGUUUACGCGACCUGGGAUGAGCCACCUGUUCCAAAUGGCAAGGUAUUUCGCUAUGAGCUAUACAUGCGUGCUUCGCCCUUCAGUGGAGGUGGUCAAGCAAUCCUGCCUAACAGCCAUGUUGAUGUGCGAAAUACUACAGUAACAAAUCUCGUGCCUUAUACCUUAUAUGAAUUUCGAGUUGUUGCAUAUACCACUGAGGUAAAUGGGGAUACAUCAAGUGAAUGGAAGCGAAUAAGAACAGCUGAAGGAGUUCCAGCCGGGGAAUUAGACAUUCAUCCCCAGUCCAGCGCAGUCGCUAGUGAUGCUAUCGAGGUCAAGUGGAAGCCACCCAGUUUGCCUUACGGGAUUAUCGUCCGUUAUCGAAUAACAGCUUACCAACAGUCGUCUGUGAUUGCAAGCGAGGAAGCGAAUGGAAACAAUCGAUCAUCUGUUGUGAGCGGCCUUUCUCCUUACACGACCUACAGAUUCAUUGUGAUUGCAUGCAAUAGUUAUCGAUGUACGGGAGAGAGUUCAUCUACCUCUGCUAGAACAUUACCAUCAGCUCCCAAAGAACAAGGUGCUCCAAACAUAACCAAAGCGAGCUCUUCCUCCAUUUCACUAACCUGGGCACAACCACAGAUUUCAAACGGACCUCUGCCACCAUCAUACAACGUCACUCGUUCAUCAGCUGCUUUUAACCAGCCACCGCAAGUGGUUACUGCUGGUGUCCACUUUCCAGGGCUUGGCUUCUAUAAGUUUCCAGCAAAUUUUGUACCACCUGGAGCUGUCAACACUAUUGAACUUUCUUUCCGCACUAAGUAUCCUGAUGGAUUAUUGCUCUUCUUGGCGACAGACAACUUACAAGAGGAUUUCCUUGUGAUUGAGUUACGUGAAGGGAAGCCUUGGUUUAUCUUUGAWWGUCAARAUGGGCCUGCUGCAUUCACAAUCCGGGAUUCCGUCCGUUUUGACGAUAACAGAUGGCAUCAUUUARGAGCAGACCGWARAGAUAKUAYUGGGACCUUAACRAUUGACGRUGKUUAUAGUAACSGUGGYUCUAGUACCCCUGGCUCGAYAACUAUUGGCRAAAACACUGGAGUUUACAUUGGUGGACUGCCAUCAGACUUUGUUAUUAAAAGAGACGAUACAGGAAAUACGGUUAUUAGACGCCAUGGGUUCAUUGGUUGUUUAAGGGAAGUCAAAUCAAAUUCUAAACUAUUUGAUUGGACGGCAGCAUUGGAAAAGAAAGGAGUUGAUCCAGAAUUGAAUGCUUGUCCAGUUAUUGGGAUUGAUAMAGGGGCUUUGUURCGUGGUGGUGGUUWUAUCGCUAUAAAAUCAGGYAUCUUUACUGGYGGAGUGGUUUUUGUUUUAGAWCUUUCAUUUCGUACCCAGUUUAGGUCUGGGAUAUUGGUGUUUGCUUAUGGACCGUCUUCACAUGUUGCCUUACAYUUAGUUGAUGGAAAAGUCRAYGUUAAACUACKUGGAACUAAUAACCAGACAAGUGUUCGGGCGAGUGAAAAAGAUGUCUGCGAUGGCAAAUGGCAUCAWAUAAGCAUYRCAGCASUUAAUGGGUUUAAUUUURUYAUUUCUGUUGACGGGAAUAACAACAYRAUAGAUCCAAUCACCUAUAUUACRAUCAACUCCGAUCUUUACAUCGGUGGAGUCCCUGUGGAAGAGGAAGAAGUUGUUGUGAGAGUAAAGGAUGCUGGGAUCGAUCCCUACGAUGCGUUUGGUGGGUGUAUAAAGGAUGUGAAGACGUCAAAAGCUAUUUAUCUAAAUACAAAUGUAACAAGGAUGAGAAAUGCUGACCUCGAUGGUUGUGUGUCAGAUUCUCAAGUGAAUGCUACUCUUUCCGGGGGAGGUUUGUGUCAAGUUCCUAGCAGUACUGAUUUGAUUACUCAGACAACGACGCUAUUUACUGAUUCAACUGUCGAGCCUUUUACAGACUAUGUAUAUCGUGUUGAGAGCUUUCAUAAAGGUACAACUGGCUCUGCUAAAAGUGUACAGGUUUGGACACGAAGUGGACAAGGAGCACCCUCGGAUAUAAGUCCUCCUACAACUGUCCUCCCUCUCGAUGAUGGUCGCUCAGCACGUGUCACAUGGAGUCGUCCAGGCAGGCCGAAUGGCCUAAUCAUUUACUACCAUAUAAUAGCACAGAAUCUGCUUGAUGGAACAGAGGUGGCUACAAAGGUCAUUGAUACAGAAAACCUAAAUUCCACUAUAACCGGCUUGAGACCAUACACGGAUUAUGGCAUCAAAAUAGCAGCAUUUACUAUGGGAGGGAAUGCAACUGGACCAGCUGUCAAUCAUAAUACCACCAAACAAGCAGGUUUGCAAAUACGUUGCCAAUACAUGAAAAUACAUUUUAACUUCUUUUAAAGCUUUCUUUCUUUCUCUCUUGAUUGAUUAUUAUUUUUCAUUAUUUUCCUGUGCAAGACUAUACGUAAAAAAAUGUGUUUCUCUCAUGUGUCCAAAUGUGGCCACAAAUCGUCCUCUGGGCUCUAAGGCGCACGAGCUCCGUGCAAAAUCUCCGAAUAAUCUCCGAACAUGCGAAUUGAUAAAAACUGAUUCGAAGUUGAUUUGCUCGGCCUUU